AGCUGUGGGCAGAUACCUUCGGCGGGGACCUGUAUACCACCGUGACCAAAUACUCGGGCUCCCUCUUGCUGCAGAAGAAAUACAAGGACGUGGAGCCCAGCUUGAAGAUCAAGGAGGUGGAUGGCUUGGAGCUGGUGAGGAAGUUCUCGGAGGACAUGGAGAGCAUGCUGCGGAGGAAAGUCGAGGCUGUUCAGAGUCUGGUGGAGGCCGCCGAGGAGGCUGACCUGAACCACGAGUACAACGCAUCCCUGGUGUUCGACUACUACAAUUCCGUCCUCAUCAACGAGCGGGACGCGAAGGGCCGCUCCGUGGAGCUGGGUGCCGAGCUGGUGCUCGAGGCCAACGCACACUUCAGCAACCUGCGGGUGAACACGUCCGUCAGCAGCGUGCAGCUGCCCACCAACGUGUACAACAAAGACCCGGAUAUUUUGAAUGGAGUCUACAUGUCCGAAGCCUUGAACCCUGUUUUUGUGGAGAACUUCCAGAGAGACCCGACAUUGACCUGGCAAUAUUUCGGUAGCUCGACUGGGUUCUUCAGGAUCUAUCCAGGUAUAAAAUGGACGCCUGACGAGAAUGGAGUCAUUACCUUUGACUGCCGAAACCGCGGCUGGUACAUCCAAGCUGCUACUUCUCCCAAGGACAUAGUGAUUUUGGUGGAUGUGAGUGGCAGUAUGAAGGGGCUGAGGAUGACCAUUGCCAAACACACGGUCUCCACCAUCCUGGACACCCUAGGAGAGAACGACUUUGUUAAUAUCAUCGCGUACAACGAGUACGUCCAUUACAUCGAGCCUUGUUUCAAAGGGAUCCUCGUCCAGGCGGAUCGAGACAACCGAGAGCAUUUCAAGCAGCUGGUGGACGAGCUGAUGGUCAAAGGAGUGGGGGUCGUGAACCCAGCCCUGAGCGAAGCCUUCGAGAUCCUGCAGCAGUUCCAAGAGGCCAGGCAAGGCAGUCUCUGCAACCAGGCCAUCAUGCUGAUCACCGACGGGGCCGUGGAGGACUACGAGCCAGUGUUCAAGAAGUACAACUGGCCAGAUCGCAAGGUCCGAGUGUUCACGUACCUCAUUGGGAGAGAAGUGACUUUUGCCGACCGCAUGAAGGGGAUCGCGUGCAGCAACAAAGGCUACUACACACAGAUCUCCACGCUGGCGGACGCCCAGGAGAAUGUGAUGGAGUACCUGCACGUGCUCAGCCGGCCCAUGGUCAUCAACCAUGACCACGACAUCACCUGGACGGAGGCCUACAUGGACAGCAAGCUCUUCACCUCACAGGCCCAGAGCCUGACGCUCCUCACCACCGUGGCCAUGCCGGUCUUCAGCAAAAAGAAUGAAACCCGAUCCCAUGGCAUUCUCCUGGGCGUGGUGGGCUCCGAUGUGACCCUGAGAGAGCUGAUGAAGCUGGCGCCUCGCUACAAGCUUGGUGUGCACGGCUAUGCCUUUCUGAACACUAACAACGGCUACCUCCUCUCACAUCCGGACCUCCGACCCUUGUACAGGGAGGGGAAGAAGCUGAAACCCAAGCCGAACUACAACAGUGUGGAUCUCUCGGAAGUGGAGUGGGAAGACCGCGCCGAGACCCUGAGAACAGCCAUGAUCAACCGGGAGACGGGCUCUCUCUCCAUGGACGUGAAGGUUCCGCUGGACAAAGGGAAGCGAGUUCUGUUCCUGACCAACGACUACUUCUUCACAGACAUCAGUGACACGCCUUUCAGCUUGGGAGUGGCGCUGUCCCGGGGCCACGGCGAGUACAUCCUCCUGGGGAACACGUCCGUGGAAGAAGGUCUGCACGACCUGCUCCACCCGGACCUGAGCCUGGCCAGCGACUGGAUCUACUGUGUCACGGAUAUCGACCCGGACCACCGCAAGCUCAGCCAGCUGGAGGCCAUGGUCCGCUUCCUGACCAGGGAGGACCCGGACCUGGAGUGUGACGAGGAGCUGGUGCGAGAGGUGCUGUUCGACGCGGUGGUGACAGCCCCCAUGGAAGCCUACUGGACAGCGCUGGCCCUCAACGUCUCCAAUGAGACGGAGCCUGCAGUGGACCGGGCCUUCCUGGGCACCCGGGCCGGCCUCCUUAGAAGCGGCUUGUUCGUGGGCUCUGAGAAGCUCUCCGACAGGAAGUUCCUGACGCCUGCAGACGAGGCCAGUGUGUUCACGCUGGACCGUUUCCCGCUGUGGUACCGCCAGGCCUCCGAGCAGCCUGCCGGCAGCUUUGUCUUCAACCUCCGCUUUGCAGAGGGACCAGAAAGUCCGGGUGAGCCGGCGGUGGUGACGGCGAGCACAGCUGUCGCGGUGACAGUGGACAAGAAGACAGCCAUCGCCGCAGCGGUGGGCGUCCAGAUGAAGCUGGAAUUCCUCCGGCGCAAGUUCUGGGCGGCAACACGGCAGUGCGGCGCUGCGGCGGGGCCGUGCCCGAAGACCUGCGAGGACAGUGACCUGGACUGCUUCGUCAUCGACAACAACGGGUUCAUUCUGAUCUCCGAGAGGGCCCACGAGACAGGAAGAUUUCUGGGGGAGGUGGAUGGUGCUGUCAUGACCCAGCUGGUCGGCAUGGGGGUGUUCACCCAAGUGACCAUGUAUGACUACCAGGCCAUGUGCAAACCCCCAGGUCACCACCACAGCGCGGCCCAGCCCCUGGUCAGCCCCAUCUCUGCCUUCCUGACAGCGACCAGGUGGCUGCUGCAGGAGCUCCUGCUGUGGCUGCUGGAGUGGAGCGCCCGGGGCUGCUGGCACGGCAGGGGGGCCGAGGCCAAGGCUGUCUUCCAUCACUCACACAAGCACAAGAAGCAGGACAUGCUGCAGCCCUGCGACACCGAGUACCCCGUGUUCGUGCACCAGCCGGCCAUCCAGGAGACCAACGGGCUCAUCGAGUGCGGGGCCUGCCACAAGACGUUCGCGAUGCGGCGGAUCCCCGGCAGCAACCUCCUCCUGCUGGUGACGGACCCCACCUGCGACUGCAGCGCCUUCCCGCCAGUCCUGCAGGAGCCCACCGAAGUCAAGUAUAACGCCGCGGUCAAGUGCGACAGGAUGCGCUCCCAGAAGCUGCGCCGGCGACCAGACUCCUGCCACGCCUUCCACGCAGAGGAGAACGCCCAGGACUGCGGUGGCGCCGCGGACACCUCUGCCUCGCUGUGGCUGCUCCUGCUGCCUCUGUGCGCCUGGGGGCUACCGCCCCAGCUUCUGCGGUGACACUCACCAGCCUGACCUGUGUUUUGGCAAGGUGAUCCUUCAAGAGACAUUCUAAAAAGUCAGCACUGGGGGG